AAUUAUCAACUUGUUAUUACCCAUUAAGCUAUCCGAUAUCUAUCCAUUAAAUAACUUUAUCUUAACAGAUUAAAAUGGGUUAAGAUGGUUGGACCUGAUAAGAAAAUUAACAUUUAUCAGCUGAUCUAUGGAAUACAUAUUUUAAUUUUAAUAUACUGGAACCUUGAUAUAAUGGGUCUCGUUUUGUCUGUUAACAAUCUGAAUAUUAUUAGAUCUGUGAAGUUAUCGUCUGCGAUACGUUUGUUAUAAUUGCUUGUGAAACUUUAUGUCGUACAUGAUGACAUUCAUCAAAUUCGAAUCUGAAUCAAUUAUACACCUAAUGAUUAUUUUUCAUUAAAAAACGAUAGUUUUCCUCUUACUCCUCUAUUAGUCUUUAUUUUGUGUUUGAUUAACACUAAUGAUAACUGAAACAGCAAAUCAGAUACUAAAUCGCGUCGUCCCGGUUUGCACAUGGCAGGUUCCAGGUUCAACUAAUUCAACUGGGCCAGCUUAUCCUCGCUUUCCAGGUGUCGUGAGAGAAUGGCGUGACUUCGGCCUAGAUGUCAUUUUGAAUCGUCAUUUUCCGGGAGGACAGUUCCCUGCGUUUCCAACUAAUACAGAGGAUCUACAUGUAGAAGAAGAUGCAAAAUUUCGGUUUUAUUCUAAUGUUAUAAGCCCAGUUGUACCACUACUAGGAGGAGCAUUAUUUAAACACAGAUGUAUUGGAAUGUUGGGUGUUUCCGAUUUUAAAACGUUUCACAAUUUGAGGUUAGGUAAUUACAACCUCUGGGAAAUUUAUCGAUAUGCUGACCGGGCUCAAAUAACGGAUCAAAAUUUUAGGUUUAUAAAAAGGAUCUUAUCUCAGGUGUUUGGCGAAAUGGCCUGCAAUGGCCUUCAUUACGGGAUCUUGACAAGUUAUUCUGAUACGUACUUUCUCAGACGAUCGGAAAAUGAACCAAAUAACCUCUAUGUUUCUCAUGUUUUUCAUCCUGAUAGUAUCAAUCCGACUUUACGCGAGUGUGUUUUCCACAUCAGUCACUUAGCUAUUAAUGAUACGUACUUGUAAAUAUUAAUGAUACUAUCGGGAAUAGAUUGGAUCAUAUGAUGGAUGACAAUUUUACAUCUUAUGAUGAUGAUGACGACGAAGAUGAUGAUAACGAUGAUGAUCCUGAUGAUGAUCCUGAUGAUGAUCCUGACUAUGAUCCUGACGAUGAUUAUAUUCCUCCUGGUUCUUCUAGUUCAAAAAAGAGGAAGAGUUCUUCGAUUCAGACUGGUAGCAAGAAGAGAGUGACUGCGUUAUCUUCCAAAGGAAUCACUACAAUAGGU